CUGGGUUGGAAAAACGAUAGACUCCUCCGGAAUACCAAUAAACGUUGAAUAUAGCACGUCGUAGUCUGGAGUAUUGAUUGUUCAUACAGUACCAGAACACAACAAUAGUUGCCUCCUAACUAACAGCAGGCAGACUAUUAUAACUAGAUACGUUCCUAACUUCUUAGUGAAAACUAGCUUCGUAAACAGCUAUUGUCUUCCGGCCGACCCUCCUGACUACAUCCUGAACCAAUGAGAGGACAAAUAGAUGACGUUCAUCCAAUCAUAAGCCGCUGCUCUCUCCCUGCAGCAGGAUCCUCCCACCAAUGUUGUAUCUCCAUUUUGGCGGCUGUGUGGAAAACAUGGCGGAAUAUUUGAAAGGUUGCAGUGUGUCCUGCAAAAUGUCCUGGGAGGACCUGCAGGCUCUGUGCCGCGGAGAGAAGCUCUACUGCAAACAGCUGGGGGUGAACCGAGGCAGCACCAAUGUCUAUGAUGUGGAAUUCAUCUGCGACUACAAGAAGCCUAAGCAGGAGGAGUUCUACCUGUUGAAGUGGAAGGGCUUCCCAGAGUCGGAUAACAGCUGGGAACCCAAGAGGAACCUUAAAUGCCACAAACUGAUAAAGCAGUUCCACCUGGACCUGGAUCAGCAGCUGAGGCGCCACAAGAGACGCAACACCCCAAAAAAACUGGAUAAGGAAAUAUCCUCAUUCCUGGUCCAAAAAGCCAAGCUCCGUCAGAGUCUGAAGCGCUGGGAGGCCCAUCUGAACCAGACGCGCAACCACCCGGGCCGCAUUUUUGUUGCAAACGAAGUGGACCUUGAGGGCCCUCCAAAGAGCUUCACCUACAUCAACAACUACAAAGUAGGCCAAGGGAUUGUGUUAGAUGAGAUGGCGGUGGGCUGUGAGUGUAAAAACUGUUUGGAGGAACCAAUAAACGGCUGCUGCCCCGGGGCCUCGCUGCACCGCAUGGCCUACAAUGACAAGGGCCUGGUCCGGAUCCGGCCGGGACAGCCCAUAUACGAGUGUAACUCCCAAUGCAGCUGCUGCUCCGAGUGUCCCAACAGAGUAGUGCAGAAGGGCAUCCAGGUUGACCUGUGCAUCUUUAAGACGGAGAACGGCCGGGGGUGGGGGGUGCGCACGCUGCAGCACAUCAGGAAGAACACCUUCAUCAUGGAGUAUGUGGGGGAGAUCAUCACGAAUGAGGAAGCCGAGAGGAGGGGUCAUGUGUACGACUGCCAGGGCUCCACGUACCUGUUUGACCUGGACUAUGUGGAGGACGUGUACACCGUGGACGCAGCUCACCAAGGCAACAUCUCCCACUUUGUCAACCACAGCUGUAACCCCAACCUGCAGGUAUUUAAUGUGUUCAUCAACAACAUUGAUGAGAGGCUCCCAAGAAUCGCUUUAUUCUCAACACGAGCUAUCCGGAGCGGAGAGGAGCUCACCUUUGACUACAAGAUGCAGAUUGACCCGGUGGACACGGAGAGCACCAAGAUGGACUCCAGCUUCAACCUGGCGGGGCUCCCCGGCUCCCCGAAGAAGAGGAUCCGAGUGGAGUGUCGCUGUGGGUCCGACUCCUGUCGAAAAUACCUGUUCUGACAAAGGACUGGUAACACUGUCAUCUAUGGAGAGACGUUGAAAAUUGUACAGAUUUUUAUAUGAAUUUUUAUUUUCUUAUUGUCUAUGAAAGCCGAAAUUUAGCCAGAAACUUUUUAUAUGUGAAAUCCUCCAAUAUAAAAAUGAUCUAGAAUUUAAAAUAGAAACUGCAUCAUUGGAUUAUUUGAGUACUUAAAGAAACACAUUUUCAGCCCCCCCACAGUUUGCAGAUCCAUUCCUGCUUCAGUCUGGACCUUCUGAGCUUACUGCAGUACUAGUGAGUAUUAUACGUCCAGAUUUGGUGUAUCGUGUCCCCCCCCCUCGGCUGAUGUUCUGACUGCUCGAGUCUUCACCUCUUGAGAUCCUUUUUGGAGUUCCCACAUCUCAGCUAUUAACUCUGUGUGCAAUGCAUCAACUGGUAGAAGUGAUGGACAAACAUUUUAUCCAGAUUGUUAGAAAAUGUCCAACCUCUGCUUGGCUUUAAAACGUCCUCUGACCUCAGCAGCUAGCACUAUUCACAUGGCUGCACACCACCAGAGAGGAGUAAGAAAAUGUUUCUCUGAUUAUAGUGAACUAUGUUUUUUAUAUUAAAAUGGGGAAGAUCAAAAUGACUCUUUCUAUUGGAUCUUUUACAGUGUAUAUAUUUAAACAUUUGAGUUAUUCUUCGUUGCUGUCUGAUAGGUGGAGAGCAAAACAAUGUAAAUAAAUGGCUUUUACCGGUUGCUGUCAUGUU